GCAUUUUUCUUUAUCAUACAUACUCCUUUUCUACGAAUAUUUUGUCUCCAAACUUCAACAAAUUAGUAAUGGACAAAACUGCAUCAUCAUCAUCAUCCUUCAAAAUUCAACCUCCAUCACAUGGAAAUCUUGUUACAAUUCUUAGUAUUGAUGGAGGAGGUGUUAGAGGGAUCAUUCCUGGAGUCAUUCUUGCUUACCUCGAGUCUCAACUUCAGGAGCUAGAUGGCGAGGAAGUAAGGCUUGCCGAUUACUUUGAUGUAGUUGCUGGGACAAGUACAGGUGGUCUCAUUGCAGGCAUGUUGGUAGCACCAAAUGAAAAUAAUCGACCUUUAUAUGCUGGCAAAGAUAUAGUACCAUUUUACCUUGAUAACUGUCCCAAAAUCUUCCCGCAGGCAAGUGGAAUAUGUGCGUCAAUUGUGAAUCUAGUGAAAAUUUUAACGGGACCCAAAUAUGAUGGAAAGUAUCUUCACAAGCUCAUAAGAAAGGAAUUAGGGGAUACGAAGUUUCACCAAACCUUGACAAAUCUAGUUGUUCCAACAUUUGACAUCAAGAAACUUCAGCCUACUAUUUUUUCCUCAUUUCAGUUGACAAACCAUCCAAUCUUAGACGCUGCAUUAUCAGACAUAUGUAUAGGCACCUCAGCAGCCCCAACUUUUUUUCCUGCCCACUAUUUUAGUAACCAAGAUACACAUGGAAGCGUGCGAGAUUUCAACCUUGUUGAUGGUGGUGUGGCUGCCAAUAAUCCGACACUGAUCGCCAUCAGUGAAGUGACCAAACAGAUUAUUAACAAGAACCCAGAUUUCUUGCCAAUUAAGCCCAUGGCCUAUGAUCAAUUGCUUGUGAUCUCAAUAGGGACGGGCUCAGACACGAGUGAACAAAAAUACAAUUCUAAAACUGCUUCAAAGUGGGGUGUGAUAUCUUGGUUAUAUGAAGAUGGAGAUAGUCCAUUGAUAGAUUGUUACAGUGAUUCAAGCAAGGAUAUGGUUGAUUACCACAAUAGUGUGAUUUUUCAAGCUCUUCAUUCUGAAAAUAACUACCUUCGAAUAGAUAUCGAUACGUUACACGGUAAUUUGUCUUCUGUUGAUGUAUCUACGAAGGAGAACUUGGGAAAUCUAGUGAAGGUGGGCGAACAGUUGCUAGAGAAUCCAGUUACUCGCCUAAAUUUGGAUACUGGUCGCUAUGAACCGGUUGAAAAUGGUGGAACCAAUGAGGCAGCCCUAAAAAGGUUUGCAAAAUCACUUUCGGAUGAGAAGAAAGUCCGAGAUUCAAAAUCACAAAGCAACAAAGGCGCAAAUUAGUGAUCUCCGUUUCUUUUAUGCUACAAAUGGGACGAAUAAAAGUUAUAAAUUGAUU